ACCGGCGAUGCUGCUGCUGAUGGAGCCUUUAUUUACAUACAACUCUUAAACUGUUUCGCGCCACCAAAAACACACAGACAGCUUACGAUCGAAAAACACGCGAAAACUACACACCAGGUUUAAGUCACCUAAACUCGAGAGCGCUGAAACCAUGAAUAUUUGGUCGCUCCGCGGUUACCUAGCAACCGGACUAAGAAGUUUUGAGGAGAUCGCGGUCAACCCUUCAUCGCUAAUGCAUCGCUGGACUGACGGUUUCUAUAUAAGAGCGAAGGUACUGCGCGGUGCUCGAUAUUGUUUGAUUUGGUGCUUUAUAAACGGUACACGGGUGGACAAAGAGGAAGUUUCUGAUGGCAGAUGGCAUUUGGGCUGGCGACUUAAACCGACCUGUUGCGCGUCGUUUAAGCGUCAUCACAAUUUCGCUGGUUGAGAGUUGGACAUACGGACAGUUAAAGUAUCUACCCUCGGUUGACCAUGUCCGCAAAAAUGUUACUGUUUAUGUGCAUCCCAACAACACGGGCAACCUCGUGGGUGCCCGUGCCUCUGCGAAUAGCCGGGCGCAUUUUGAUUCGCAAACUGUCUUGGACGCGUACUUUUCUGCUUCAGUAUAAUCCCGGGCACACGUGAUGCGCAAAUCACUUUCGUGGCAACAUCUCUCAUUUGUCAGCGUAUUUCUAAACUCAAAGCCUACAGUUUUGGGGUUGUGUUGCCGCUUUUGUAAAACACGGACUCUCAUCACCACCGGCACAUCUGGCACUCGCUAACUUUUGCCCUCCUUGCGUCGAUUUCGUGUCGUAGCGAAUUGGAAACUGUGGAUGCCUGAAUGAAUGGGGAUCGCGCUCCGUAAAGGUUCCGAGUGUCAGCAUCCCGCUAGUUUUAUGUGCUUGUCCAGACAGCUGAGUGUUUCUCGUCCUCAUUCGCAUCUCAGUUUUGAGUCAAGAACAAAGAUACAAAACAGAAGGCGUCACAUUGGACCGCCGAUGUCGAAGAAACGCAAAACUCCAGACGACGGUUGCGGUGGCGGGGAGUUUGAGGGCGCAGAGGAUUCCCUUCACCAAGGUUUGACGGAUGAGAAAGUGAAGGCUUAUCUCUCCCUUCACCCGCAGAUGCUGGAUGAGUUUGUUCUGGAGAGCGUGAGCGCAGAGACGGUAGACAGAUGGUUGAAACGGAAAAGCAGCAGCCAGCCUGCAGAUGGUUCCCCGGCUAAAGAAGUCAGCAGGCAGUAUCAGGACACGAAUAUGCAGAGCGUCGUAUAUGAGCUGAACAGCUACAUGGAGCAGCGACUGGACACUGGAGGAGACAACAAACUACUGCUCUAUGAGUUGUGCAACAUCAUCAAAACAGCCACUAAAGGUGAUGGAUUUGCACUUUAUUUCCUUGGAGAAUGCAACAAUAGUUUAUGUUUGUUCACUCCGACGGGGGCAAAAGAGGGGCUUCCUGGGCUCAUCCCCUCUGGUCCCAUCACGUUUGGGACCACCAUCGCUGCUCACGUUGCAAAGACACGCAAGACACUACUUGUAGAGGACAUCAUGGGGGAUGAGAGGUUUCCUCACGGCACAGGGCAGGACUCAGGGAUCCAUGUUCAUUCUGUUUUGUGUCUACCCAUCCUCACCGCCAUCGGAGACCUCAUCGCCAUCCUGGAGCUGCACCGCCACCGGGGCAGAGAGCCCUUCAACCUCAGUCACCAGGAGGUUGCAACGGCAAAUUUGGCGUGGGUGUCUGUAGCCAUACAUCAGGUUCAGGUCUGCAGAGGUCUUGCCAAACAGACUGAACUCAAUGAUUUUCUUCUAGAUGUGUCAAAAACGUACUUUGACAACAUAGUGGCAAUAGAUUCUCUACUUGAACAUAUCAUGAUAUAUGCAAAAAACCUGGUUAAUGCGGACAGAUGUGCGCUCUUCCAGGUGGAUCAUAAUAACAAAGAGCUGUAUUCUGACCUGUUUGAUAUCGGCGAGGAGAACGAAGGGAAACCUGUCUUUAGGAAAACCAAAGAAAUUAGGUUUUCUAUAGAGAAAGGAAUAGCAGGUCAGGUGGCAAGAACGGGAGAAGUUUUGAAUAUUCCAGAUGCCUAUGCAGACCCGCGUUUCAACAGAGAAGUAGAUCUCUACACUGGCUACACGACACGAAACAUCCUGUGCAUGCCUAUAGUGAGCCACGGGAGUGUGAUCGGUGUCGUACAGAUGGUGAAUAAGCUGGGAGGAAGUGCCUUCACGAAAACCGAUGAGAACAACUUUAAGAUGUUUGCUGUCUUCUGUGCUUUGGCCUUACACUGUGCAAAUAUGUAUCACCGGAUAAGACAUUCAGAGUGUAUUUACCGGGUGACAAUGGAAAAGCUUUCUUACCACAGUAUCUGCACGUCAGAGGAGUGGAAGACUCUCACACAGCUCUCACUCCCUUCACCUGUAUAUAAAGAGAUUGAACUGUUUCACUUCGACAUCGCACCUUUUGAGGAGCUUUGGCCUGCGAUCUUUGUGUACAUGGUUCACAAUUCAUGCGGGAAAAGCAGCUUUGAGCUGGAGAAACUGUGCCGCUUCACUAUGUCAGUGCGGAAGAAUUACAGACGAGUGCCAUAUCACAACUGGAAACACGCGUUGACGGUAGCACACUGUAUGUAUGCCAUCCUUCAGAAGACCUCGGGGAUCUUCACUGAACUUGAGAGGAAAGGUUUGCUGAUCGCCUGCUUAUGUCACGACCUGGACCACCGCGGCUACAGUAACAGUUAUCUGCAGAAGUUUGAUCAUCCACUGGCUGCCCUGUACUCCACCUCCACUAUGGAGCAGCAUCAUUUCUCCCAGACUGUGUCCAUCCUGCAGCUGGAAGGGCACAAUAUUUUCUCCAACCUGACUUCCAGUGAGUAUGAGCAGGUUCUGGAGAUCAUCAGGAAGGCCAUCAUCGCUACGGACCUGGCGCUGUACUUCGGCAAUCGCAAGCAACUGUCCGAGCUGCUGGCCACAGGGGCUCUAGACCUGAACAACCGAGCCCACAGGGACCGUGUGAUUGGUCUGAUGAUGACCGCGUGUGAUCUUUGCUCCGUUACCAAACUAUGGUCCGUCACACGCCUCACGGCCAAUGACAUCUAUGCUGAGUUUUGGGCUGAGGGGGAUGAGAUGAAGAAGAUUGGAAUACAGCCCAUCCCUAUGAUGGACAGAGAUAAAAAAGAUGAGGUUCCCCAGGGACAGGUGGGGUUUUACAAUGCUGUGGCUGUUCCCUGUUACAUGACCCUAUCAGAUCUGUUUCCUCCCUCCAAUCCUCUGCUAACAUCCUGCAGGGAAAAUCUGUCCCAGUGGGAACGAAUUGUGCGAAAAGAGGACGUCUCUGCGUGGGCUUCCACUGAAGAAGCUGAACUGAGCGAGACCUCAGACAGUGGACCGGUCAAAGUGGACAACUGAAUCUGUGUGUGUGUGUGCGCCCCACAGCAGCACCUACAGCCUGCCAGACACAUUGAACUUCCUGUGGACAGUCCCACUUCCUGUAGAGACGGGAGGAAGUGAAGAGGGCAGGCGAGGACGGAUAUAUUGUGAAAGAUAAACAAACACAUAAUGUUACCUCAGUGGGUGACGGAGGUGAGCGCUCUGAAGACAUCAGGGCUGGCUGGGACUCAAAUUCACCCUGCGCGGAAAGCAGAACGGGGACGUCGGUACUUUUGCUUAGGAGGUCUCUUUUGCAUCUUUCGAUUUAAGUGAUUCUUUUUCAUUUUGAUGAGUUUCUUUGGUCUUGCAUUUGAAGAAGCCUUAAAAUAUGAACCGGUCGGGCGACUCUAGUUUCAAACGGUACCUUUGACCCUGCUGUGCUGAAAAAGCUGAGUGCUUGUAUUUUGGGCAGAAAGACAGAAGGAACGUGGAGUCAAACGUAAGGAGCACGAGGCACGGGAACUCCGUCGCUCUCGUGAUCUGAUGGAUGGAUGUUUUAUGUGAUACUUUGAGCAAAAAUGUUUUGCAGUACUUGAAUGAGGAAAUACAGCCUAUUCUGUGUGGAGUCGAAAACAAGAAACCCCCUGCAGCACAUCUGUCCAAAGCAAAGAGCUUUUGUGAUGGCACGAGUGACGUCAUCCUGAACCUCGCUGGAGUCACACGCGAGUCACGGCCCAUCGGCAGCAUCUUCUAACCAGAUAUGAGAGUCAGCUUACCUUGUUUUCUUUAACUCGUAUGUGACCUUAAAGGGACAGUUGACCCAAAAAUGAAAAUUCUGUCAUCAUUUAAUCACCCUCUUGUCAAUUCAAACCUGUAUGACUUUCUUCUGCAGAACACAAAAGAAGAUAUUUUGAAGAAUUAACGUCGGUCCCCAUUCACUUCUAUUGAAUGGACACAAAACCAAUGCAAGUCAAUGAGGACCAAUGGUUUUCUGUUAACAACAUGCUUCAAAAUAUCUUUGUGUUCUGCGGAAGAAAGAAAGUCAUACAGGUUUAAAAUUACUCGAAGGUGAAUAAAUGAUGACAGAAUUUUCAUUUUGGGGUGAACUAUCCCUUUAAACGGUUCAUAUCAUGAGCAAUAAAAAAAAUCCUUCAUCUUCUGAGAUAAGCGUUUGAUGUACGUAGUUCGAAAACGUAGUUGUAAGUUUAAAUCCUGCAAACGUCCUACUAAAAAGAGCGUUUAUUGAAAUUAAGAUGUAAAAACGACACCGCAACUAUCUCAACUUUGACGUCAAAUGAACGGAUUUGAAUACAUGCAAGCGUGACAACAUUUACAUGUCGACGAUAUCCGUUUAGUGUUCAGAAAAGUUGAAAAGAGGCUGUUUGCAUAGAUAUCAUCAGAUCACAACUGCCUGUUUAAUUCCCAAUGUCAGCGAAAGGGCGGAAAAUACAUUUACUGUAAAAAUAACUGUAAAUUCAAAAAAUAACAUUAUUAGUGGACCCUAGAGGAAGAUGUAAUUAAAAAUGGUUUAAUAAGACCCCUUAAAAUGACUGUAAAUGAAAUGCAUAGCAAAACUUGAAUAAUUAUAAACAAUACCACACCAGAUAAUACCAGCCAUUAUUUUAGCAUGUGUGCAUAUUUCUAAUACAAUUAAAUGACUAACCAUGUAAAAAAAAUAGUUGCACACAACCAGAUCAAAUGUGAUUUCAUCAUAAGAGGAAAUUACGAAACAAUUUGUUAUUACAUUUUGUACUACAAAUCAACUUUAAACGGUUACCAACUCCCACUGUCUUGACUGUAAAUUCAUAAAUAAUAAUAAUAAUAAAGAAGAAGCGAUAAUUGACAGAACAGGUGUUAAGAGGAUAACUAUUAAUACAUAUCACAUGAGAUGUGUAUAAACAUUAGUAAAAAUACACUGCCUGUCUGAAUGACUUCAGUUAUGUAGCAAAUAAUCAACACUUUUGUUAAGCCGCAUAUAAACUACACUACUAACCAAGCAGCCUUAGCAUCAUUUUUUUUAAUGCAAGUAUGUGAACAUCCUGCGUGUCUCUGUAGUUUUAAAUACUGUCACAUAUUGAAGAAAGCAUCCAAAAUAGAAAUAAAAUCUUGGGCACUUAUUGUGAGCCUCUUCCAAAGCUUUAAAUAAAUUCACUUUCCCGCGUUCGCUUCUGUAUGAAGGUUGUUUAAACAGCAGGGACGAAUAAGAUGAAGCUUAAUGUCUUCGGCUGCUUGUGCCAUUCAAGAAAUUCUCCAAUGUAUUCCUCUGGCUGUUCUGUAAAUUAAGCAAUGUGGGCGGGGCUUAGCAAAGGGUCAAUUCAAAAUGUAUCGGACGCUGACGAUUGCACACCUUGGACAGUAUGAUGUAUUCCAUCUAGAUCAUACCAUGCGUGUGGCUACAGAUCAGAGAUUUCAGGAUGUUGAUAUCUGCUCAAAGACAAAUUUUAAGUUGCAGUUACAAGCUUUCUGAUAUAAUUCCUUUGUUUUAAUAACCUGCUAUUUUUGUUUGGACCUGCUGGAGGUCCCUGCAGUCCUUGUGGACAAUGACCGAGCUCUGACUGAUGAUGGCCUUUCUGUAUAUAUACUGCAGGACUGAUGAGAGAAUGUAAUCAAUACUGUCACAAACUGCUUCAAGAUGCCUGCUAGUUUUUUUAAGUGUACCAAAGGUGUACACCGUGAGAUAUGGGAGUCUUAUUAAUGACUUCCAAUGGUUGCGUGGGCAUGCCACAUGCUCUGUGUGUGGAGAUAUUUGUAAGCUACAUUCUAAUGGUGCUAUCUUAGGCAGUCAUGCACUUUCUGACUGUGUGUGUGCGUGCGUGUUCGCUCUGGACUAAUGCUAUCAACUUCACCCACAGAGUCAGUGUCCGGCAUCAUCCACAACCAGUCGUCUUUCCCCUCAUAUGCACUAUGUUUAGAGACUAUUAUUAAUAUUAUUGCUCCUGUUAUAUUGUUAUUGCAACAGUUAUUGAUUAUUACCAUUGUUAUUUUGUUAGAGUUCCAUUUUAAAUUAACUUAUAUUUUUUAUACAAAAAGUUUAGCAUUUUUGUUUUGUACAGAACAAAUUGUACAUUGUGGAAUAAAGCGAAUGGUGAUUUAGAGCCACUGCAUACUGUUGCCCGAGAUAAAUGUCUCAACUCUAAAUGUAUGAGCAGUAAUUACUUUUAUUAAAUAUUUCUGACAAAUCUAAGAUGUGUGAUGUUACGCAUGUUUUACAUGAUAAUGUUUCUAUGGUUAUGGAUAUUUGAUGUGGAAUGUAAGUCUAUAAACACGUUAAACACAAGAUUCACAGGUUGGCUACUGUGAAAUCAUAGCUACCCCACAUCUCAACUUCUCAUUAUUAUACCUACUGUUGGGAAUCAUGGUAAGUUGCAGACAUUUUGAACACUGUUUUGUUAUGUACUUGCUCUUUUUUACCAAAAAAGGUUAAUAAUUGCAACCUUUAUUUAUUUUAUAUGUUUAUUUUAAUUAUACUUUAUUUAUUCUGAGUGUGCCAAAAUAUGUUUCGUGUGCAGUUUCUGUAUAUUCGAGAAAGAGACAGAACUACGGAUCCAUACGCAUAACUUCACGCAAAUUCCUGUUGAAUCCUGUGUGUCUGUCGCCCUCUAUUGGCCAGUAGCUGAUCUUUAUGAUACACUCUAUUAAGUCU